AUGCUGCCGACUGCCUGCGUAAGCCAUCGCCUUUUCUCUUUGCCAGCCAUCCUGGAAAUGAACGGCAACCUGAGCUGCAGGUGUGUCAAGACGACCUCCGAGUACAUCAGCCCGAAGCGGUACGAGAGCAUCGAGAUCAGACCCGUGGGGAGCACCUGCAGGCGCAUGGAGAUCAUAAUUAAGUUAAAAACCUUCUCAAAGGUGUGCGUGAAUCCUGAGGCCCUUUGGGUAAAGAAGCUACUGAAGCGUAUCGCUGGCACAAAGAAAAAGUGAGUUUCCUGCUAAGGAAGUUGC